ACGCGUCUGCGCGCCGGGUCGCCGCGUUUAUUUCCGGAAGUGCUGGGGCGGCGGGUGACGGGGCGCCAGGCGGGAUGGAGAUCACCCGGGGCAAUUUCAAGAGCGCGCUGGGCACCGUCUACGAGGCCGUGGAAGACGCCGAUUUCCUGGCCAUCGACGGGGAGUUUUCAGGCAUCAGCGACGGGCCGUCCGUGAGCGCGCUGACCAACGGCUUCGACACGCCCGAGGAGCGGUACCAGAAGCUACGGAAGCAUUCCAUGGAUUUCCUGCUCUUCCAGUUUGGUCUAUGCACUUUUAAGUACGAUCACACAGAAUCUAAGUAUAACAUGAAAUCAUUUAACUUCUAUAUUUUCCCCAAACCUUUGAACAGAACAUCACCAGAUGUCAAGUUUGUCUGUCAGAGCUCAAGUAUAGAUUUUUUAGCAAACCAGGGAUUUGAUUUUAAUAAAGUUUUUCGAAAUGGUAUCCCUUACUUAAAUCAAGAAGAAGAAAGACAAUUACGGGAGCAAUAUGACGAGAAGCGCUGUCAAGCCAAUGGACUUGGGGGCUUGGAUGCUGCUAAGCCUCCAUCGGCUGUUCCUAAGGAUCAGAAGGAGUUCAUCAAGAAAGUUGUAGAAAGGAUAGAAGAUCUCCUGCAAAAUGAAGGAAACGCCGCCGUGCAGCUGGAACCGUGCACUGGAUUUCAGAGGAAACUAAUCUAUCAGACGCUGAGCUGGAAAUAUCCAAAAGGCAUCCAUGUUGAAACCGUGGAAACAGAACAGAAGGAGCGAUACAUGAUCAUCAGCAAAAUGGAUGAAGAGGAGCGCAAGAGAAGAGAGCAGGAGAAGCGAGCGAGAGAGCAGGAGGAGCUGAGGGAUGCAGUGGGGUUUUCCAGAGUCAUUCACGCCCUUGCAAAUUCGGGCAAGCUGGUGGUCGGACACAACAUGUUGCUGGACGUCAUGCACACCAUCCAUCAGUUCUACUGCUCCCUCCCCGAGGAUUUCAGGGAGUUCAAAGAACUAGCAACAUGCGUCUUUCCAAGACUAUUGGACACUAAAUUGAUGGCAAGCACUCAGCCAUUCAAGGAAAUCAUUAAGAAUACAUCCCUGGCAGAGUUGGAAAAGCGCUUGAAGGAGACGCCCUUCAGCCCUCCAAGAGUUGAAAGCGCCGAGGGGUUUCCCAGCUACAACACGGCAUCAGAGCAGCUUCAUGAAGCUGGUUAUGAUGCGUACAUCACGGGCCUCUGCUUCAUCUCCAUGGCAAACUUCCUAGGUUCCUUUCUCAGCCCUCCCACCAAUCAUGUCUCUGCCCGUUCAAAGCUGAUCGAGCCUUUUUUCAACAAAUUAUUUCUGAUGAGGGUGAUGGACAUUCCAUAUCUCAAUUUGCAGGGACCAGAUUUGCAGCCAAAACGUGAUCACGUCCUUUAUGUUACCUUUCCCAAAGACUGGAAGACAAGUGACCUUUACCAGCUUUUUAGUGCUUUCGGAAACAUUCAUGUCUGUUGGAUCGACGAUACAUCAGCAUUUGUAUCCCUGAGUCAGCCUGAACAAGUACAGAUUGCUGUUAACACCAGCAAGUAUGCUGAAAGUUACCGGAUUCAGACUUACGCAGAAUAUCAUGAAAAGAAGGAGGAGGAGAGGAGGCAGGCGAAGAGGAAAUGGGCAGAAGACAGUUGGAAGGAGAUGGAAGUGAAACGCUUAAAGACGCAGGCCAGCCCCUUCGCGCUCCAGAGCCGCUGCUACAGCAUUUGCAGUUUUUCAACGCCCAGCUCUGUGGGGAAGAGAAGCAUGAGCCCCAUCCAAGAGGAGAGCAUCACAGAUGACGUGGAGGAGGCCACGGUGCAAGAGGUAGACCUGCCCCCCCCAGGCUCCUUCCAGGAGCCCCCCGAAGAAGAGGAGAAGCAAGCCAAGAAGCUCAGGACGGGCGAAAGGGAAGAAACAUUGGGUGGGGGGCUCAAGGCCACUCCCACCAGGCUUUUUGAUGUGCCGGACACGUGGUAGCUGCCAGGAGCACCAGUGAAAGGGCUUCCGUUCCAAGGAACCAGCGGCAGCACAGUCCUCCCAAGCCACCCUGAAUGAAGAGAGGUGGCUGGUGCACAAAGGAGAGGCAGGGCGCUUCUUGGAAAUCUGUUUUGUUGAUCUCUACUGAACAAUCACAGUCCCUGUUUUUAUGUGUAUGCAUGUGUGUACAUGUCCGUUCCCUUGAUUAUGUGAAGGCCUUUUGCUGUCAUGUGUAUUAGAUCGAAAGGGCAAAGCCUGGGCUGGACCACCCACUCCUGUCGCCUGGCUGAGAAGCUUCCCAGAGUCUGUGUGCAGCUUGCUCUGCUCGCCCCCUUGAUGUCCCCUGCAGCCAUUCAGGCACAUCAGUGGCCAGCCGGGCACUUCCCACCACGUCCUUCCCUGCCGUCUUUUGCAGUAGUAGAAGUGCAUUUCCCCCCCCCUUUCCCUUUGGGAAAGAAAAGAGUCGUGAAGCUUCAUAUUAAGUUUGAGAACCGCAUACUGUACCUGGAGGGGGGGGGGAGGGAGCCCCUCGGGCACCUUUUCCUUUGAUUCGUGACUAGCAUUCUAUAUUUAAACAGAUAAAGAUCAACCAGAGGCUUCACCAGCUUGUAUUAGUUUGAAAAAUCAAUCUGCUUUGGUAGAUUUCAUAAACUUGGUUUGAUAUUUAACAUUUUUGUAUCGUGGAAUGAAAAAUGUUAUUUCCUGACAGUGAAAAAAUAAAGAAUCUUUUUCUGAGGA